CCGUCGGUUGCCAUAUACGUCGCAAUGGCCAUGUCUAUGAGAGCAGCGCGGUCGCUGUGCCGGACCCAAGCUCUGUCCCGGGCGCGCCUUCCUCUCCGAGUCACAUCGCAACCUCCGCGUCCUGUUGCCGCUCAGCGCACCUUCUGCUCCGCAAGACGGCUAUACGACUCAUCCCCGGACGUGUUUCCCUCUCUGAAGGAGGGACCCGCCGCCAGCUACCUCUCUACCUUCCAGCAGAAGGCCAAGGUACCGCAGACGCUCACAGAGAAGAUCGUCCAACGAUAUGCUGUUGGCGUGGCAGAGGGCAAAACGAUCAGAUCCGGCGACUAUGUCACGCUGCAGCCGCACAAAUGCAUGACCCACGACAAUUCGUGGCCGGUGGCGCUGAAGUUCAUGUCCAUUGGUGCAACCAAGAUCCAUGACCAGAAGCAGAUCGUCAUGACGCUCGACCACGACGUCCAGAACAAGACAGAGAAGAACCUAAAGAAGUACAACCAAAUCGAGGAGUUCGCGAAGAAGCAGGAUGUCGUUUUCUACCCGGCCGGACGCGGCAUCGGCCACCAGAUCAUGGUCGAAGAGGGCUACGCGUGGCCAGGCACCGUCGCCGUGGCUUCCGACAGCCAUUCCAACAUGUACGGAGGCAUUGGGUGCUUGGGGACACCGGUCGUGCGCACCGACGCUGCAAGCAUUUGGGCAACCGGAAAGACGUGGUGGCAGGUUCCUCCGGUCGCCAAGGUCAAUCUUACGGGCGCAUUGCCGGACGGCGUGACGGGCAAGGAUGUCAUCGUUGCCCUCGCUGGGCUCUUCAACAAGGACGAGGUACUGAACCACGCUAUCGAGUUCACCGGUAGCGACGAGACUCUGCGAACUAUUCCUGUGGACGAACGUCUCACGAUCGCAAACAUGACGACUGAGUGGGGUGCACUCACGGGACUGUUCCCCAUUGACUCGGUUCUUCACAGUUGGCUACGAGCGCGUGCUACAGAUGCCGCCAUGUUCGGAGCCCAAAGUGAAUACAAAGACCACCACCAGGAGCAGUUCCAACACGAACGUAUUGACAAACUGUUCACCUCGACCGGUAUCGUCGGGAAGGAAGCUGGCGAAAUCUUCAAGCCCGCCUUGGCUGCGGACAAGGGAGCAGUGUACGCCAAGGAGCUCUUCCUCGACUUGUCCACGCUCUCUCCCUAUGUGUCUGGACCCAACUCUGUCAAGGUCGCAACCCCGCUCGCCGAACUGCAGGCUCAGGAUAUCAAGGUCAACAAGGCGUACCUUGUCUCCUGCACCAACUCGCGGGCAUCCGACCUGCACGCGGCCGCCAGGGUUUUCAAGGAGGCGGCUGCUGCCAAUGGCGGCAAGAUUCCUAAGCUUCCAGAUCAUGUCAACUUCUACAUUGCUGCCGCGUCCAUUCCGGAGCAAAAGGCCUCCGAAGAGCUGGGCGAUUGGCAGGCUCUCCUCGAUGCGGGUGCCCAGGCUCUACCCGCAGGCUGCGGACCCUGCAUCGGUCUCGGUACUGGUUUGCUUGAGCCGGGCGAAGUUGGCAUCAGUGCCAGCAACCGUAACUUCAAGGGCCGAAUGGGCUCACCGGAUGCCAAGGCUUACCUCGCCAGUCCUGAAGUCGUUGCGGCAAGUGCUUUGGCUGGCAAGAUCUCUGGACCAGGUUGGUACGAAGAGCCCGCCAACUACGCGGGUGUGCGCCGCGGCGAGGGUGAUGGCAUUGUGGAGGAGGAGCGUAUGAUGACGAUUGAGGACAUGCUCGAGAGGGCUAUCAAGCAGGCGGAGGAGCAGAUCGAAUCAGCCGAAAGCGCCGCUGUCGAGACCCAAUCCGUCAACCCUCCGGACGCGGGAUCUGAGGCAGAGACUCUCACCGACAUCCUGCCUGGCUUCCCCGAGAAGAUUGGUGGCGAGAUCGUCUUCUGUGACGCCGACAACAUCAACACCGAUGGCAUAUACCCGGGCAAAUACACAUACCAAGACGACGUUACCCGCGAGAAGAUGGCGGAAGUUUGCAUGGAGAACUACGAUCCUACAUUCGGCAACAUCGCAAAAGCAGGAGAUAUACUGGUCUCGGGCUUCAACUUCGGGUGUGGCAGCAGUCGCGAGCAAGCCGCAACCGCCAUCCUCGCGAAGGGCAUUCCGCUCGUUGUCGCAGGUAGCUUUGGCAACAUCUUUAGCAGGAACAGCAUCAACAAUGCGCUCAUGGGCGUCGAGGUACCCAAGCUAGCCAACCGCCUCCGCGAGGUCUUCUCUUCUUCGGCACCAGCUGGCUCACAGCAGAAUAUGCAGGAGCCCUCGCAGAACCGUGAGUCGCUCGACUCACCGCCACCAGCGGCCCAGGCGCAGCCCUCGCAGUCUAAGCAGCUGACCAGGCGGACGGGCUGGACGCUCGAGUGGGACGUGCGCAGGAGCACCGUCAACGUGCAGGAAGGACCUGACGGUAAGAAGUGGAGCGUCAAGGUUGGCGAGCUGCCGCCUAACGUCCAGGAGAUUAUCGCGCUUGGUGGUCUGGAGAGCUGGGUAAAGAAGGAAAUCGGAAGCACGGGUUAAACAUCGCAUUGCACGCGUAUUCAGCAGCUGUAUAGGACUUGUAUACCCUUUGACUUUCAGCAUGGGCGGCGUUCUGGAAGAUAGAUGUAUC